AUGGUUAAGAAACAUCUGAACCCCACUAAGAUCGAUUUUAUAAAAUGCAUCGUCGAAGAUUGCCUCUGGCAAAUUCGAGAUACCAAAAACGUUGAUGUGCCUGAUCUAGUUGAGGCUUGGUCUAUCGAAGUACGUCCAAGGGAAAGUAAGUCAGUGAUACCAUUCGUACGAGGUAUUCAGGAUAAUGACCCCGUUUCAUUCCUUCAUGUGAAACGGAUCAAGAAGCUUGAUAGCGACACACUACGAGUACUUAUCGGCUCCAAAGAGUACAUACCGGAUAGAUCAACUUUUGACAAUAUGCUGAAAGGAGUCGUUUUCCAGUAUGACAAUGUGAAAGACGAUAACAAAGUACCGAAGGUCGGUCCAUCGACUAAAAGCUUAAUGUUGAAGUGGAGUGAACAGUAUUGGCCGUUAAUUUGGAGAGGAAAUCCUAAUGACCAGAUAUUAAACGACUAUAUAUUUGACAUGACAGAGAUUCGGUCAUUGUUAACCAAGAUAGCAGAAGAGUCUCGAGCAAUCCGAGAUUCGGAUAGCAUGCAACUUCCAAUAGUAUCGGCAUUCGUUAAUCCAAAAUCUGGUAAAAUUAUAAUAUCAAAGGAUUAUAGACAUAGUGGAUCUCCCCUCGAUCACAGUGUUAUGGUCGGAAUAAAUGAGGUAGCUAAAGAAGAGCAGGAGAGAAGAGACCGUGUCCAAAACGGUACCGCGUCAGAAAAAGAUAUACAUCAAGGGGAAACUUAUCUCUGCUUAGAUUUUGACGUAUACACCAGUCAUGAGCCGUGCUCAAUGUGCAGCAUGGCACUAAUUCAUUCCAGAGUGAAAAGAUGCAUAUUCAUCAAUCCUAUGUCGGUCAGCGGUGCACUGAAACCUGAUUCAGGUGAUGGAUACUGCAUGCAUUCAAACAAAGAUUUGAACUCCAAGUAUGAAGUCUUCCAAUGGGUUGGUGAAGAAUUGGAAGUGCCUGGAAUAGAUUCUACCGUGUGUUCUUGA